AUACGUGGGCCAUACGCAGGAUAGUGUGUGAGCAGUCUCCUACCUGCGCGGCGGAUUGCCUUGCAGGUAGUGAAUGGGCCGUUUUAGACUGCAAAAAUGUUCGCAAAGACAUUUCAAACGGCGACAGUUUACGCUACAAGUAAUCCUAUCGUGCUUUCUUUGAGGUUGCGACACAAACUAAAUAAACAAAAUGAUGCAAAAGAAAGUCCUAAACUUGCCGCAGACGUUGUCAACUACUUGAAUAGUUUCCCUGAAUACGAAGGAUUAAUUAAACAACUGCCAAAAUCUCUUCUAAAGAAGUAUAAGAACCCAGAAAGUAUGUACUUGAUAAAUAAGAAAACAGCCAAGGAAAUAGCGAAAACGAUCAAAAGCUCCUUGGAUAAGUCACCCGUAGUGGAGGUAAACCCUGGAUUAGGAAUUUUGAGUGAAGAACUUCUGCAAGUCCAUAGAGGGCCGCAUUUUAUGUAUGAAUGUUCUACUCAUUUUAUACCUCAUCUCAGCAAGUUACAAGACCGUUACCCCAACAGAGUAAUGUACAAGAAUGCAGACUUCUUUGGUAUGUGGAAACUAGCAUUUCAGGAUAAGAUGGAUCAAGGGAACAGAAUCAAAGAAUUAUUAGGAAAUCUCUAUACUGAAAAUAAUGAUAGAAUAGUAAAAGUAGUGGGUGCAAUGCCAGGACUGUCAUUUAUAAAGCACAUGAUUACUAAUAUUGUAUUCUACAACAUAAGCAGCCAGUUGGGAAGACCUGAUCUGUUUAUUGCCAUGUCUGGACGUCUGUUUGAGUUCCUUACUGAUGCUGAUGUCCAAAUGAACAAACACAAAUCUACGCCUGCACUUUUCCAGUUGCUCUUCGAUUAUAAAUUACUGACGACAGUGCCUAAAGUGCAUUUCCUGCCGUGGACCAUACCUGCCGUUAGUAAACACGUUAAUGUGAUCGACGAUAACUGUCUGCAUCUAGUGAACAUAACGCAGAAGCAAAAGCUGCCCUGCCCGCCUGAAUACCUGCCACUGCUCUGGUACUUCUUCAGACCGCACAUUUUCUCGAAAUCCACAAGAGUCAUACCAAUGUUAGAGCAAUGGAUACCAGGAUGCGGAAUAUGGUUGAUCACGGGUCAAGAUCCCCCGGAUACUAGGAAAGAGACCUCCCCGGGACCAGAGGACGCGCCCCUGCCGCAUAUGACCAUCUUCACUGAAUUCGGCGACUUGAAUCUUAAGCAGAAGAUUACAGUAUUUAAAAAAUUCAUAUCGUGGCCAGAGUUCGAGCAAUGCCAAUUUAGAGUAACUAUGGAAAGCAACCUACCCAAAUCCUUUUCGCAAGUGGAGGAAGAUGACAAAGACAUCAUCGGCACGCACAUCGAUGAUAUCGAACACUCUGACACUGAAGAAAUAAUAAAAUAAACAC